AUGGAAGACGUACAUCGUGAAGCUUUGCGAAGAAACCAUUCGAUGUUGGUGAGGGAGAUGUCUCCAGAGUUAGUAGCGGAAAAGUUAUUCAGUGACUGUAUUUUAACCCUAGAGAUGAAAGAAGUUGUGUUCGCGCAAUUUACGCGAUUUGCCAAGGUCAGAAAGAUCUUAGAGUAUCUACCGAGACGAGGAAAGAAAGCUUUUUCUUCAUUCUGUCGCUCACUGGAAGAAACGGGUCAAUGCGAACUUGCCAGUGCAUUGCAGCAAAGUGGACAUAAUAACGCAAGCGUACCUACCAACAACACUCCUAGCAAUUACAAGAAGACAUCCAAGAAGUAUACUCAGUUAUGUCAGCUGCAUUUAGGAGAUGAAAUUUACGUCACAGGAAGCUUAUGUGAGGAGGACAACGUUAUCCAGAUUCACAUUCGCCAGUAUGACAUAGGAAAACAGAAGCCCUAUCCCACCAAAAAAGGUGUUACAAUGUUAUUGGCCGAUUGGUUAGAGCUAGAGAAGAACCUGAGCGAUAUGGAAGCAGCAUUAAAGAGUUAUUCCAAACGAGAUUUCGAAGAGACGUGGUACUUGGGUCAUGAUAUUUACAUAACCGCUUCGAAGGAAUUUCCACUUGUAGAUAUCCGUCAUUAUUGGAAACCAGACCCUAAUGGAGACUUCGUCCCUACAACAAGAGGUUUGAAACUCAACCGCGCAAAGCUCCAAAAUUUGAAAAACAUCGCAUCAGUCAUUAGGGAUUACAUUCCUCAACUAAUGUUCCAAGCCCCCGCAGAGUACCCCAAUCUUUCUACUGACAUUAAUAUUCAGUCUUUAGAAGGACUUUUCGACAUUCCAAAUCUAAAUUGCUGA